AUGAAGCUGGUUCUGCUCGCCGUCGUUGUGGCCGUGGCCGCUGCCGCCCCGGACCGCAGCUACGAGGCCCCGAAGGUUUUCGAGACGGAGAACGGCAUCUACGCCUCCGAGUCUGGCAGGCCGGUGGAGGGAUAUGGCGAUGAGGAGAGCUAUGACGUCAACGGGGAGUUCAGCUACACUGGUCCCUACGGCGUCGUCUACAAGGUCGUGUACGUGGCCGACGCCAACGGCUUCCAGCCCCAGGGCGACCACCUGCCCACCCCUGUGCCCACCGAGUACCCUACCCCGGAGGUGUCUGAUGACGAUGAUGAUGAAGAGAGGUACGAGGUGCGGGUUGGCUACGGGCCCAGCUACAACUAGAACAGGAAAACGUGGAGACGACAUACAACCAGCUUUGUACCUGACUAAGCAACGAGUGUUUGUCCCGUCCUUGAUGGUAUGCGCUUGUCUGUGUAUAUCCAUGUGUGCGUGUCAUGUGUUUGAUAAUUUAUUUGGUUGGAUGGAAUGCGAGCAAUAGAUGCGAUGCGUCGGCCA